AUGUUUUGAUUUUUAUGUACAACUAAAAUUAUAUUUAUAAGCAUUAAUGUCUAUCAUACACAAAAAGAAUGUAGAUUAUGAAUUAUAAUAUUUUAUAAUUCAUUAAAAUAUAUAUAAUAAAAGUUAUAAAUGUAAAUAUUUUAAAGGUUGUAAUACUUUUAAUCUGUACUAAGAGUGAGCUUAUAAUGUGAAAUACUAAACAAAAAUAUUAAAUAAUGGAUUCCUGUAGAGUAUGUAUGGGCAAAAAUAUCGACAUGUUACACAUGUUUGAUACAGGUGAUAUUGUUGAUAAAAUUUACUUCUGCACUGGAAUACAGUUCAAAAAUGAAGAUGGUUUACCAUCACAGAUCUGCAACACUUGUCUUGAGGAUCUGUCAAUUGCCCACAAAUUUAAAACUCAAUGCUUAUUGGCUGAAGAGACACUUACAAGAAAAAUUAAGGAAGAGAAGCCAGAAGACAUUAAACAAAUUAAAGAGCCUGCUUCAUGUGAAUUCAGUGUGAAAUCUGAUGAUAAUGAUGAUGUAAAGGAGGACUUGUUUGAACCUGGUGAUGAUAUAACUGAAGUAUUAGAGGAUGCUAAAGUGAAAGAUGAGAGUAAUGCUGUCAGUGUUAAGAAAAACAGCAGAGUUAAAUUAAAAAUCAAAACAGAAUGCGUAAAAGAGGAGGUGUCAUUGAAAGCACGAAAGAAGAGAGGUCCAUAUAACAAGUCAGGGGUUCCCAAACGCCUCAGAAAGUAUAAAUUUCGCAAACUGUUUUGCGAGCCCUGCGGACUCAAGUUCACCAGCAAGCAGCAGUCAGAUGAACACAAGCGAGAUGUGCACAAGGAUAGUGACAGUUUCGUUUGUGAGAUCUGCGGUAAGGUGUUCGUUCACCGCGCGUCCCACUAUACUCACGUACGAUCUCAUCUGCCGCCCCAGUAUGCUUGCGACCAUUGUGACUACUGCACUUGGCACAAACACGACCUCGUCAAGCAUGUCCGCAUACACACAGGUGUAAAGAUGUACCAGUGCGAAUACUGCACGGCCUCCUACUACACCUCUUCGAACCUGACCUGCCACAUCAGGCGGUACCACGAAAAGGAGCGUCGAUACCACUGCGAGCUCUGCGACCGGAGUUUUUACGAUCGUACCAAACUCAAUAGGCAUUUGGACUCCCACAACGAGAUCAAGAGGUUCGAAUGCGACGUGUGCCACGCCUGUUUCACACGCCGCUGUUACUGGAAGAAACACCUGCAGAGGCAACACAACGUCAUCGUCCCCCCUCAAAGACCGGGCAGGCAGAAGACCAACAGACAAAUUGGGGAACCCACUGAAUCUUUGGUCGGGAAAAACGGUGUUGCAAUAUAGCAAAUUGUCUACCGUGCUGUAUAUGUAGAUUAGUCUGGGUGUAAAAAUAUGCAAUAUAUCCCAUAUCAUCCAUCCCCUGUGUGUUGACAGAGGGCAGCUGUAAAAUAUAUGUAGCAGUUCCUUCCUGACAAGAACUGAAUAUAAUAAGACGGCGCUUGCUAAUUUGCUUACGAAGACUUAAUGAUGAUGAUGGAACGUUUACUAUUAAAUCUAGAUUAACAUAUUAUGUUUAGUAUCUUGUGGGAUGGUUUGUCAGUGCAUCUGAAAUUUGAUUCUUAAUCGAGGAUAAAUGUAGAUGGGGUAUGGGCACAGCACCCAUUUACCAGCAAGUAGACUAUGUUCAUUUGUCACGCUUACUUGUAUAUAAAAAAAGUAUAUUAUUUAGAUAUUUAUAUUAUAUAAAUGUAUUUCUUGGGACCAAAACUCUUAAUGAGGCUACUAAGAUCUACAAAAUAUUAUUACCAAAACAGAACUUUUAAUGAAAAGAAUCGUUUUAUAUGUUGUAUUUUGUAAAAAAAAAACCUCAGCAGUUUUAAGACUUUGUAUUUAUUGAUGGCUUUAUUAAAAUUAUAUUUGUU